GCGGCCGCGCGAGCAGGGCGAGCACCCGGGCGGAUUCUCGGCGGCGCCGGUUCCCGCCUCGCCUCGUCGGCGCGCCCGCGCCGCCGCAGCCGCCGCCGCCAUGCCCGCCGCCGCCGCGCCCGCCGCCGCCGCCAGCCCCGUGCCGUGGCUCUUCCUCGGCGGCACCGCGCUGGGGCUCUUUGCGGUGGCCCAGCUGGGCAGGCGCGUCAAGAGGCAGCGGGAAGCGGUUGGCCAGCAGGAGAGGCGCCGCGAGGAGCGGGAGAGGAAGCGCGCAGAGGACCGGAAGGGCAAGGGGGGCAAGGAGGGCAAGGGCAACCUCGCCAAGGGCAAGGGCAAGGGCGGUGGUCGCGGAGGCCGGUGA